CGACAACUCUCGAAAAGAUUCUUCUAUACCAAAAGUUCCGUCAUGUCUAGCCAAGCAAAACCUCUUCUUGCGUUGCCAGCUAAUGCUGAGGAAACAGUCCAGCAAGUAGGUAUUGAUGAUACUUACAAACUCAAGGAACUUGGCCCUGUUGUUGUGAAUGAAGAUGGUACUCUUAGUCGCAUAAACAAUUGGAAGGAUAUGACCGAUAUUGAAAAGGCCAAUGUGAAUAGAAUAUUACUGAAAAGGAAUCGUCAACGUUUGGAACGUCUCAAGGCCGCUGCUGCUGAAGAAAAACAAGAUGAACACUCUUCCUAAAUUUAUUGUCUCAUUAAUUAUAGCCAAAUACCAUUAUCUUAAUAAAAACUAUAAUAAAGAAUCAUUGUCAAAACCA